UAUGUAUUUUGUGCUAAAGGAAUAAGUGCAUAGUAGUAUCUAGCAAUGCGCAGAACAGACAUCACUUGAAGCUUCGUCUGGCCUUUCACUGAGCCAUAGCUGCAUAAAGACUAUAUGAUUCUCCUUCAGUGGCCGCCGCCGGCAAUAGAUGACUGUGACUGCGGAGUACAGAGGCUAGUCAGCAUCCUCAGGUCAUGCCCUACCUGGCCCACACAGCAAACCUUCAACUUGCAGGAUUCUUUUUUGCUACAGUGGGCUGGGUUUUAGGCUCCAUUACCACAGGCCUUGUGCAAUGGAGAGUAUGGUAUGUGGCCAACACCACCAUAAUUACUUCUGGCAUUGCUUGGAUAGGCAUCUGGCGGACUUGCUUCUUCAGUCAUGUUUUGGUGUCUCCAAACCUGGAAACCAUGUACUGCCAAGAAUUCAGCGUGACGGACUCCUUUAUACCACGGGAAAUAUUUGUGGCACAAGGCCUCAUGUUAGUGUCCAUGAUCCUUGGGGCAAUGGGGAAAGCUGCUUGUGCCUAUGGACUAAAGAAUAUUUAUCAGGGGCUAAGCCAUGUAUCCAUCAUCCCUUAUUGGCUUACAGCAGGUGGAUUUUUAUAUGUACUCUCCAGCAUCUCCAUUCUUAUAUCUGUGGCCUGGAACAUGAACUCAGUUGUCAGUAAUAGCACUAUAGCCUUUCCGAGUACAUUCAGCAUGCCGUCCAGUCCUCAGAAGCAGGAGGUUGGGGCUGGCAUUUCCCUGGGAAUUGUCUCUGCCAUUGUGCUUUUCAUAAGUGGGAUCUUCUUCUUUUGCUACAAGCUACCUCCGUUCCUUGACAACAGAAUACAUCCUAUAAAUUGGGAGGAUCCCUUGUUAUCUGACAGCCUCAGUGUGACCUCAGGGAUCACAGGAAUGUCUGGAAGUUUAGUCUCAAUGACAAGUUCUAUAAGCGCAUCAUCAAACUGUGAAGGGAUCCAGAAUGAGGCCUUUGUCUGGGAGACAGAGGAAAACCUAUGACCUUAUUCCUAAUAAUGUAUGUCUUACACCCUUGUUCGAUGCAAAAAAAAAAAAUUGAACGCCUAGUUAU